AGUUUCGUCUCUUGAUCAGUUAACAUUCAAUGUGUUUAAUAUUGAAAAGGAAGAAAAUAAAAAGAGAAACUUUUUAACAUUUUCUCUUUCUCUUCUUUCUUUUUUUUCUCUCUCUUUCUCUCAACUAAUUGUAACUUUUAGUGAUUUAACUUUUAUCUCGUAUGUAAUAAUAGAUUUAAUGUUAUAUUAAUUAAUUUUCUUUUUUCUUGUGAUUCGCAUUGUUUUUAACUUACACUUAUUGUGAUUGACGUUUCUCUCUCUCUCUCUCUCUCUCUCUCUUAACUCUUGUGUGUGUUUGUGUGAACUAUAUUUUCUUACCCCCUGCUAGUGGAUUAAGAUUAAAGGGAUUAGAGUUAAAAAUUUCAAAGGAUAUGGUUGCCAUUAAGGGAAUUAUGAUUGACUGUCUUGAUGAUGGUCCGACCCUUGAAAAGGGUGGUUACAUUUUCUAUUCUGGAUUUAAAUAUGGUUCCUCUAAAACAGUAACUUCACCAUCAUCAUCAUCAUCAUCAACAACAACAACAAAUAAUAAUAAUGUUAAUAGUAAUCAUAUUAAUGUGACCAAACGGAUUAAAGUGAAUCAAUUUUUCUUUGUACGGAUUAGUCGCCAUGAUGAUCCUUGUAUUGGUGAACUUGUGUCCAUUUGGAAAGAUAAAUACAGAGAUACCAUGUUAGCUUCGGUUCGAUUAUAUUUCCUACCUGAGCAAACACCCGAUGGAAGACAAUCUAAUCAUGGUCAGCACGAGGUUCUUGCAGCAUCGGAACCUGUGAUCCUACGAUUAAAUGACCUGGUCUCAUGGAUGACCGAAGAGGUUGAUUGGGUUACCGGUCUUGAAGUGCCUUAUCAUGCAAUUCAUAUUGAUCCCCCUGCCUUUACAUUACCCUUUCUUAAUUUAAUUAAUGAUGCUAAUAAGCAAAUACCCUUAGGGCAUGAUAACAGUAACCCUCAGCAACAACAACAACAACAACACCCAAAAAACCACCAACAACAAUCAAAUGAGAAAUCAAAUGAACAUAAUAUUGAAAUUAACAGCAAAAAUAUUGAUACAAUUAAUGUUGAAGAUAAGGUUAACAAACAAUUACCAGGGGAUCAACAGCAAUCAACUUGUUCAUCAUCAUCAGCAGCAACUUUAACCUCAUCAUCACCAUCUUCAUCAUCUUCAUCGUCAUCACAACCAAAUAACAACAAAAAUGAUUUAAUAGGGGUUAUUGAUUCCCGAAUAGGGAAUCAAUCAGUCAUCGUUGUCCUUUCAUAUCCACAAUAUUGUCGAUAUCGAGCUGUUCUCAAGAAAAUGGAAGAAAAUAUUAAAGAGAAAGAAAAUAUUUCAACAUCAGUAAAUUGUCAAUCAAAUUUACACAUUAAUAGUAAUAAUAAUAGUAUAAAUCACAAUGUUAAUGAUACCAAAGAAUCACCAUCAUCAAGUGAAUCAAAUGUUGAUAUUAAGGAGACAAAAAGUGUAUCAUCUACAGUGACACCAAUAUUAAAACCCUGUAUCCGGAUCCUUUUUUGUCGAGAAACAUUUGAACAUGAAGGACUUUUACAUCAUGAUCUUAACUGUGAACACUUAGCUCCCAAAUUAAAAGGCCGUCCUAGAAAACGUGGUUCAAAUCAUCAUAAUAAUAAUCAUUCAAAUGGCUCUUCUUCUGCUGCCAACAAUAAGACUACUACUAACACUACAACUACAACUACAACAAGUAACCAUUCAAGCUCAUCAGCUCAGGACUCUGACACCUCUGAGGAAAAUAGUAAACAAGAUUCAUCGAGAGUUCGUUUACCACGUAAAUCAAGUGCAAACACCAAGGUUAAAUCAUCAUCAUCAUCUGUUGAAGUUGAUUGUGCCUUCCAAGGGAAUACAACCACAACAACCAAUAAACACAAGUCAAAACCACCAGCAAUGUCACUUAAAUUGGCGGAAAAAUGUCUCAAAAAUGAAUCAGAAUUUAUGAAACAAUUGAAUAAAUUUAUGAAAGAAAGGAACACACCCAUAACAAGGAUACCACAUCUUGGAUUUAAGAAAAUUGACCUAUUUUACCUUUUUACCUUUACCCAGAAAUUGGGUGGUUAUGAGAAGAUUACUCAGAAUAAGGAAUGGAAAAAAGUUUAUGAUGAACUUGGUGGUGAUCCUCGAAGUACCAGUGCGGCAACUUGUACACGGCGACAUUUUGAAAGGUUAUUAUUACCCUUUGAGAAUCAUUUAGCUGAGGCAAGAGGACUUGUAGUGACCAGAAGAUCAACUCGAGGUAGAUCAAUAUCUCCAAUACUUCCUGGUGGAUCACCAGCUACCAAAGGAGGAGGAGGAGGAGGUGAUGACGAUUAUCAAUCGGUUGGAAGUGUCAACUCAACCGAACGUCGAUCUCAUCGAGGUUCUCACCGCCGUCAAGGUGUACGACAAUCUAAACGUUUAAAAGGUGUCGCCUCAAUUUCAUCAUCAACUGGUGGUGGUGUUGGUAAUAAUAAUUCAUCGUCAGUUACCGCUGGUGGGUCAGCUUAUGGUUCUAAUGCUUCAUCAACCGCUACCGAUGAUGAUGAAUGUUAUUCACCAAUGUCACAAGAAGAUGAUACAAUUAAGGAAGAGGGUGAAGGUGAUAUUGAAAAUAGUACUAAAAAUAAUACUAAUAAUAGUCGAUCAUCAGUUAAGGAGCGUUCAAGUAAACUUGGUGCUGGUGGAGAUGAAGAGAGUCACUCUUUGUCUUCAUCAUCUUCAAAGAGUCAUGAUAAUAAUGGUGCUGAAAACAAUGAUGAUGAUGAUGGUGGUGAUAAUGAUGGUACAAAUAAAAGUAAAGACAAUCAAAGUGAUUCAAUGACAGAAGAAGAUGAAGCUUGUGAUAAUGAGGCAGAUGAUAGAGGAGAAGGUGGAAGAAGACGAAAAAGAAAGAGAAGAAAAGGAAAGAGUUCAAAUUCUAAAUGUAAAUCACGGAGUCCAAGCGUUGAGAAUAAUCUUAAUUCAUCGAAUGUUAAAAGGUCACAAUCAGAGCGUAAAUUUGUUGUUAAAAUUGAUGGAUUGUCAACCGGUGACCCAAAGAUACGUAAUGAAGAGGAAAUCAUGUCCGAAGGAGGAGUGACCAUCAAAGGUUCAUCAUCAACAACCACAACAACAACAACGACAACGACAACGACAUCACCGCCAUCGCCUUCACCGAGCACAAUAUUGUUACCAAAAAGUGAAUCCAUGGAAAUGGAAGAUGAUAAUAAAAAAGAAGAUGAAAAAAGUGAUGAAAAUGUUAAUUUAUCAAUGAAAGAAAUGAUCAAUAAUAAGGAAGAUGAUUUAUCGACAAUCGUCAAGUCAACUGAUGAUGAUAAUGAUAAAGAAUCGUUAAUUAACUUGGUGAAACAUGAUAAAAGUGAUCAGUCAACUGUUGAUAAAUUAAUUGUACCAUUUAAAGAUGAAAUUAAACCUUUCAAUGGUAAAGAUUUAAAUGAAUCUAUUGAUUGGUUGAAAAUAAUGUCAACACGUGAUGAAUAUGAUAAAAUUGCCAAUUUAACGGUUGCAAGUAAAAAUUGUGAUAACAUUAGCUCAAAUUUAUCUAAAUCUGAUAAAAUAGCAACAAUUAAAGGUAAUCCAAAUGAUGGAGAUAAUCAAAUUAACAACAAUAAUAAAAAUAUUGUUGCCUCACCUUUAUCAUCAAUAUCAACAUUAAUAUCGGCAAUGGAUGUGGCUAAACAACAACAGCAAGUUCAUUUAUCCAGAGAGAUGAAACUUGAGCCAACAAUUAAUAACAUUGAUAACCAAUUAACUGUUAAUCAGCUGAUGGAUGAAACAAAUGUCAACAUUGUUCAAUCAAAUGUUACAACUGGAGGUGUAAAUUGUGGCGGUGGUGGAGUUAAAAAAUCUCAUCAUGUUAAAAAUAAUGCAACAAUUUUUCAAAAUAUUAACUCACGAUCAUCAUCAUCAUCAUCUUCUUCAUCUUCAUCUUCAUCAACUGGUUCAUCAACAUUAUUACCAUCCUCAGGUCGACCCAGUGUAAUCCAGAAGACACCUUUAAAACCUUGUGUCAAAGUUGUACCCACUUAUAAGGAUAAUCCAAUUGAUGGAUUAGUAAAGGAUAACUCGUUGCUUAAGAAGAUAUCACUUCCCCCCACGGCUCACGCUGCAACUUUUUUAACACUUUCACCCACAUGGUAUUCACAACCAUUCACCACUGGUUCAUCACCAUCAACAUCAUCAUUACCAGUUAAUAGUAAAAAUAAUAAUUUUACUAAAAACAACAGUAAUUUUUCAUCCUCAUCAUCUCCAUCAUCAGCAUCUUUGAAGCGUAAACUUGGUCCCUCUUUGAAUGAAGACUCACCUGAUUCCCUUCCAUUGGAUUUAACUUAUAAAAAGCUUCUCAUUGAGCUUAAUUGUGAACAGAAAAAGGUUAUUACACCAAAGGGAAAAGUACCCGCUCUUGUGAAAGUAAAUGAAGGUGAUGAUAAUUGCCCACCGUCGACAAUUCUUGAUUUAAGUUCAAAAAUACGAGUCAAAGAAAGUUCAACUUUAUCUAAAACUUGUUCCUCUGGUAAUAAUAAUAAUAAUAAUAAUAAUUUACCUUCGAUACCACAAUUAACUAAUAAAAUUGAUAAUAAUAAUAAUAAUGCUAAUCAUCGUCCAUCACCUAAUCAUCAUCAUCAUAAUCAAGCAAACCAACAAUCUUCUCGUCCUAAACAAAUUGACGUUGAUUCAGUUCCAAUCACAAAAGUGCCAAAGAGUAAUGCAAAUAUUAAUGAAAGAGUUAAAAACAAUUCAUCAAAAUCUGGUAACAAUCAAAAUCAUCAUCAUCAACAAAAUCAACAACAACCUCCUCCACCCUCACGUCAUCAUAUUAAUCAGUCACCAUUACCUGUCUCAUCACCAAUACCUGUCCCUGGUUUAAUUGGUAUCUUACCACCUUCCUCAACACCGUUAUCUGUACCCACAGUUGCCGCUGCCGCUGUUGCACCAAUAACUAAGCAUCCUCAUUCCUCUUCAUCAUCAAUCUCAACCAAUAAACAACAACAUCAACAAAAUAUUUCCAAUUGUUCAUCAAAUCGAUCUCAAAUGGUCAAACCAAGUCCAUCUCCAAAUGCCUUGAAAGUAAAAGAAAGUAAAUUAAAUCAUUUGUCGUCGGUCAAUCAUCUUGGAUUUGGUCUUAAAGAUCUCAAUCAACAGCAACAAUUAUUAAUGCAAACACACCUUAAUGAUUUGGCUAAUGGUUUAUCCAACCAACAACAACAACAACAACUACAUCAUCACCAUCAACAGCAACAACAACAACAACAACAGCAACAACAUCAUUCACACCACCAACGCCGUCAACAUCAAUCACAACAACCUCCCUCAUCCCACCAUCAUCAACAACAACAACAACAUAACCACCAGCAACAACAAUUACCUCAUCAAAUGACAAGCAUUCCUUUAUUAUCAUCAGAUAAUCAUGAUAUUCAAUCAAAAUUACAAUCAGCUAAUACUCUUAAUCAAUUACGUGCAAUGGUUACACCGGAAAAUUUUGCUCUCGCUCAGCAAACAAUUGCUCAAGAAAUUGCUCUACGUGAGAUGGAACGACUUCAUCCCAAUUUCGCUAAACAAAUGAGCCAAAUGUCAUCAGCCGCCGCUGCUGCAGCGGUUCUUGGCUAUCCAACUGGUUUCCAUCCAAUGAUGAACAUGUCGGCGGCCCACCGGUUAACCGUUCCAUCCUCAUCACCUUCAAUCUCAGAGUACAAUCCAACUUUACCCUCUUUCCUGCCAUUUUUAAAUACAUUUUCACCCCAUGGAGCUACUGGAGGUGGAGGUGGUACACAGCCAAUGCACCAUCCAUCCGGAAUUUCAACGCCAAAUCCCAAUAACAAUAAUAAUAAUAAUAAUGCCGCCGCAAACAAUGUUAACUCUGCUGUUGCUGCUGCUGCUGCCGCUCUUGCUUCCGGUCAUUUUUUUAAUCCUACUGCUUUUGCUGGUCAAGGGUUCUUACCCCUUGAUCUACUUGGAGGUAAUCCUGGUGGUGGUGGAGAUGAAAGGUUCUCCGCUGCUGCUGCAGCCGCUGCCGCUGAAAAUGAUGCCCGAUGGAGAGGCUGGUUUGAAUCGCGAACCUUUGAAUGAUACUAAUCAAGAAAAUUAAAGAAAAAAUCAGUCAUCAUCAUUAUAAAAUCAUCAUCAUUUCUCAUUCUAAUUCUUCAUCAUCUUCACCACAUUAUCUUAAUUAUAUUUAAAGAAAAAGCAAAAAAAAUAAUAAUUAACUAAUCAUAAUUAUAGUGAAUGUAAUAACUGUAAUUCAUUGUUCUGUAUUGUUAAUUGCUGCCUUUACGAGCAAAUGAUGAAAAAAAAAACUUAAUAAAAAGAAGAUAAUUUUUUGAGAAAAAAAAUUAA